ACCUGCUGAGCGUGAUCUAACGAAGCAUCCCGGUGAGCACUUACAGUAUCUCCAAACGGACCAUAAAACAAAUGAAGUAUCAAUUACGAUCGGUUGGAAACUGCAAGCCAAUGCUCUCGGUGCAAUAAAGUAAUAACCAUACACACAAUUGUGCGGCGCAGUCAAGCGCAAGGCAGUUCAAAAGUUUAUCACCGAAGCCCUCCCAGUACCAUUGGAAGCUCGUCAAUCAUCCUUCAAGCUGAUCGGUAGUCGCAAGAUUUCACUCCCGGCAAUAUGUGCAAAUCAGUCCUGGUGUUCUCAGAUGACAACUUUGCACACUGUGAAUAAGCAGCUCGUGCGCGAACCACCUUGAGGUGUAACUCCUGAGUGAGACAGUCCGUUAUUUUUUAUUCUGCCGGAAUAUCGGAUCAAGUGCAGUGUAUUACGUUAAGGGUUGUCCCACUGGAUUGUGUCUACGGAAAGGAAAGAAUCGUAUUUGAAUGUAGUAAAUUUUUGAACAAGACCUGCUUAUUGGUUGGUCUUUUUCGGUACGGUUUCUUCCCAGAAACCGGCCAAAAUUCCAAACCUCCCGUGUAUUUCCAUGGCCUAAGCUGUCUAUUUAAAGUUCCUUGAGGCCCACCGAUUACAGAUAAUAGUCAUGUUUUGCUCAGCACGAUCUGCAGCAGUUUCAAGUUCCAAUCGCCUGAAAAAUCCGGUAAGCCGAAGUCACUCAUCCAUCUAUGAUGUCGAAAUUGGAGAACGGACGCCGUUGCUAGUGAGCAAGGUUUGCGUCGAUUCAGGCAGACAUAGUUAUGGAAACGAACCACAGACCAUUCAGACCACCGCACUCCUGGCAAUCCUGGCACUGGUGCUAUUUCUAUUACUGGGAAUCAUCAUCGGCAUUUACUUGAUGCUGUUACAAGUUCCACGUCCCUGGCCAGUGUCCCAUCCGUUCUUUUUGGUUGAGCGGCCUGUGUGGUGGUCUCAUUCCGCUACGCUGGAGGCAUCUCCAUUGAACAAAACAGCCGUCCAGAACCUGAUAAUAAUGCACACAAACAGCGAAGCUUGUCACGAUCAGAUCGCGUGUAGUCAAAUUGCGCGCGACGUUCAGAACGAUGCAUGGACCCACCGAGCAACGCACAUUCCAUAUAACUUUCUAAUCGGUGGUGAUGGAAAAACCUACGAAGCACGUGGUUGGAGAGGACAGCAUGGUUUCGCGGAGCUUCCCGGCAGGAACGACACUAUUGUAGUUGGCAUUAUUGGUACAUACAAUCGAAAGCGUCCAGAUGAUAUUUUGUUUGCUGAAACGAAAGCACUGAUUACGGAGUCCAUACGGCGGUUCAGCUUAUCACCGGCCUAUCGAAUGUAUGGUGUUGUCAACAGCACCGCGCCGGAAAACAACGCUGGAGCGCUCUACGCGGAACUGAAGCGAUGGAAUCACUGGAGGGGGUUUGUUACAGUAUAGUGUUUUCUUAAUUUAAAAUCUUUUCUGAGUUCACUCAGGCACAAUGUGGAUACUGUUUAGUACAAAUUUAGCUCAGAUUUAAAGUUGAGAACCAGGCAAAACUUUUGAAUAUCAGUUUUUCUAUUUUUUAUGAUUGUUGAGGAAGACAAUAAUGUCAAUAAUGUAGCUAAUAGCCAAUCAAGAUACAAGAUACAAUUAACGUAAAACCAAACAGGCUGAUGAGUGAUUCAUCAUAAAUACUGCGGCAGUUGUUUAUAGGGAGUUUUACAUUCUUUCACUUAUAACACAGGAACUAACAGCAUAUGCGUGUUUAUUAGUCUUUUGACCUUUUCCUUUAAAAUGGCAUAGUGAAGUUUAUUGUUGUUAAAAUAGUAUAAACAAUUAAUACCUGUCGUAAAAUGAAUACUUGUAUUGGCACUUAAUGUAAAUCUGGAUUGAAUAAAAAACAAAUGACUGUUCAAAAUUAAAUAAAAAGCACUU